UGCCGGUUCCCUCACUCCGCAUCGUGGCUUCGGCUCGGCAGACGGGCCUGUAUUUACUGUGGCGCAGCGUGGUCGCUCGUUUGCUGGCGUCGGGUCGUAUCGGGUCUCGUUCUUCGGGGCACAUGCGCCAUGAUACGGGUCUGAUGCCCGGUAACUGACAUCGAUCCUUGUCGACCAAGGACGGACACCUCGGAGUGCUAUUCGAGUGCAGGUGCGCGGACUAGCCGGGUGUUUGGUGUUCGGUGUUUCCAGCGAUGGGACCAGGGUUCCUACAGGAUUCCCGGGACUCCACGGACCGUCAGUGAUUGUGCAGUGCUACGUGACAUUGACAGGGUGUAACUUCGGGCCUCUGUCGGUUCUCCUGCGGCGAAAUGCGCCCGUGAGGGCGCCGGUUACCCUCGUGCCGGGCGGCGAGAAUACAUCGGCAAGGGAGUUGCCAGUGACAGAGUUGUUUGAGUGCGGAAAAGUUGUCCGAGAGAGGGUCGAGAGACGCUUAGUGGUGGAGCAAGAAGAGGAGGCAGAAGAAGAGAACCUGCGCAGCGGACGCCAUCUCCGCGUUAUCGGCAAGCGGAUCCCCCGGGACUCCCCCCCAAGCUUCGGCGUCGCGCACCCUCGGCGGGAACUACCCCGCGACAGCAGCCACCCUGAUGGGAGUGUAUGAGGAGCGCGCCCCUCCUACUACCGGCAUGCACUGGCAGCCGGCCAGCUCGCAGGAUCGUGGCAGCGGCUUGGCUGUGGGGCGUCAAGGGGGGCCCGGCAGCGCGGGGGGGCCCGGAGCAGUGGACCAGGCGAGGGACCUAAGUCCCUGCCUCCCCGCGUCUAUGGGUGACGCUGCACGACCCACUACCUUACCGUGUAGUCCUCCUGCCGCCCACCAUCACGGGCCCCAUCAUACGCCCCUGCACCAGACCCACUGUGGCACUAACAACAACUGCUACGACGGACCCACCACCCCCUACGAUUCCAGGGACUACGACUCUCCUGGAGGUGGGCAAGAAUACAGAAACAACAACAACAACAACAGCAAUUUCGAGAACCCGAGCGAUCUGAGCAUGCCGCCACAAACGACUCACCAUCACCACCACCAUCACCACCAUCACCACUCCCAUCUGCACCCGCAGACUCACUCGCAAGAACAACAGACCUCGGAACAUUUGCACGCCAUCCCUAAACUGGAACCGCCACCCACCCCUCCGGCACAGUCCGAGGAUGUUCCAGGGGUUGUUUGCGCCGGAUGCGGCCUCCGGAUAUCCGACAGGUUUUACCUGCAGGCAGUCGAUAGGAGGUGGCAUGCGGCUUGUCUUCAGUGCUCGCACUGUCGCCAGGGGCUGGACGGCGAGGUUACUUGCUUUAGCAGGGACGGAAACAUUUACUGCAAGAAGGACUACUAUCGAAUGUUCGGCAGCAUGAAACGCUGCGCCCGCUGUCAAGCCGCGAUCCUCGCCUCAGAACUAGUAAUGCGAGCCAGGGACCUGGUCUUCCACGUCCGCUGCUUCUCGUGCGCGGCCUGCGCCGUUCCUUUGACCAAAGGUGACCAUUUUGGCAUGAGGGACGGCGCGGUGCUGUGUCGACUGCACUACGAGAUGGGCGCAGAGCUGCAUCCGUCCCAAAGUCCGCCGGUCCCUGUAUAUCCACCGGGUCCGCACUAUCCCGGCCAGCCGUUCCCCUCGCCGGAAUUCCUUCACCAUCAUCAUCAUCAUCCGUCUCACCCUCCUCAUCCUCAUCACUCGAUGCAUCCGCAGCAUCCUCACAGUCAUGUGAGCCCCGUGCCGUUGCAGCCGUCGACGCCGUCGGUGCCCGACGCUGGAUCACCUCCUAAAGUACCGUACUUCAAUGGCGCUGCCGUUGUGCCACCGCCUAGACAGAAGGGGAGACCUAGGAAGAGGAAGCCUAAGGAUUUGGAGGCUAUGACUGCGAAUAUAGAUUUGAACGCGGACUACAUAGAUAUGCCGUUCGGUAGAGGGGGGCCAGCUACUCCCGGCAUACCUGGUUCCAACAGCAGAACAAAACGAAUGAGAACGAGUUUCAAACAUCACCAGUUAAGGACGAUGAAGAGUUACUUCGCUAUCAAUCACAAUCCCGACGCAAAGGAUCUGAAGCAACUUUCCCAGAAAACUGGCUUGCCAAAAAGGGUGCUACAGGUCUGGUUCCAGAACGCCCGCGCAAAAUGGCGGCGCAUGGUGCUGAAGCAGGAGGGGAAAUCGGACAAGUGCGACGGCAGCGUGGACGGCGGUUCCCUUGGCGACCUUGAGCUUUAUGGCAACAGCACCGGAAGCGGUGGUCCACCGAUGAGUCCUCCAUUCAUGCUGGGCGGACCUCACAGUCCCGCAUCCUUGGCGUCCUUGGACUGCGCGUGAUCCCACUUCCGGAUCCGUACGAUCGAGUGAAUAUGGACUCACCCCCGGUACUCCUGUGAAUAAUUUUCAUAAUAAAAAAGCAGCGAACACAAACCCACGUUCCUGAAGAGAACCUCUUCAUCGUUCGGACUAUUCGCCGAUGGUGUAAUAGUAUCGAUUGAUAGGACGAUGAAGAGUGCAUGUACCAUAGCGGAGGAUUUUUUUUUUUUUAGAGAGAAUAGGAAUCGUUGUAUUUAUUGUAAGCGACGGACUUGAGGAGAUUUUCGAGGGCCGAUCACGAAAGCGUUUGUAAUUAGUUGUCGAUGUCUAUUUAUUGGUUAUAAGCGCUCUGAGGUAAGCCUAGAUAAGGGUUACGAACUUUACCAGUGCUGUGUGAGAAGCCAACGUUUCGCGACGGUUAGGUUAGGUACGGAGGUGUGGGCUCCUCGCUGAGGACAUUUUGGCGGGAGAUUUAAAUGGUUUUAUGCGACUCUGCAGGGUUAGGUUAGUUUUAUGUAUUUUUCAAUUUGAAAAUUUCUAGAUGGUUGCAGACUUUUGGAUUUUUGAGUAUUUGGGUUUUUGGAUUUCAAGGUUACUAGAUAUCUAAGUUACUAGAUUUCUAAGUUCCUAAAUUUCUAGGUUACUAGACUUCUAUGUUACUAGAUUUCUAUGUUACUGGAUGUCUAAGUUACUAGAUUUUUAGAUUACUAGACUUCUAGGUUACUGGAUUUCUAUGUUACUAGACUUCUAGGUUAAUAGAUUUCUAGGUUUCUAAAUUUCUAGGUUACUAGACUUCUAUGUUACUAGAUUUCUAGGUUACUAGAUGUCUAAGUUACUAGAUUUUUAGAUUACUAGACUUCUAGGUUACUGGAUUUCUAUGUUACUAGACUUCUAGGUUACUAGAUUUCUAGGUUCCUAAAUUUCUAGGUUACUAGACUUCUAUGUUACUAGAUGUCUAGGUUACUAGAUGUUUAAGUUACUAGAUUUUUAGAUUACUAGACUUCUAGGUUACUGGAUCUCUAGGUUACUAGAUUUCUACGUUCCUAGGUUUCUAAGUUACUAGAUUUCUAAAUUUCUAUGUUCUGCAUACAGGAAAUCCCUAUAUCUUGGUAUCUCUACAUUCCCAAUUCCCUA